GAGAUUCCUCCACAGCCGAGGAAGCGGCGGCAGGUGACGGGAGCCUCCCGGGGAACGGUCACCGUCUCUCUCUCUCACACACACUCCGUGGCUCUCACGCCCGUCGUCCUCCCUGGCCGUAGCUGUCAUGGGUGAAUUCUUGAACCAAGCCGCCCUGGUGGGCUUCCUUCGGGAACACGGCGGCAAGGUGCCCAACUCGCUGCUGCUCGGCCACUUCAAGCCGCUGAUGGACGUGCCCAACGCCGCGCCGGAGGACCGAGCGGCUCUCCGCCAGCGCUUCGUCCGCUUGGUCAACAGCGUGGCGGUCGUGCAGGUCUCGGAGGGGAUCAAGUUGGUCGUGCUCAAGAAAAGGCACCAGUUGGUCCCGGAUUCCUCCGAUGCGGAACCGACAUCGAUCGCCUUCGGGGAUCUGUCUGACGAGGAAACAGAAGGCGCCGAUUCUGGAGCGCCCGCUUGCCCUGCCGGCUUCGUGGCGCCUCUGAGCUCGCCUGGGGAGGAGGACCCUGAAGCACAUCGGACUAUCCCUGUGAACCAGUUGAAGACCCUCUUUCAAAGGGGAGGCUCGGAAACCCUCAAAGUUCCCAGGGUCAAAGAGCAUUUGGCCCCCAAAGGUGCCUCCCCAAAGCCCUGCAUGCUGCCGGUCCGCUCGGUGCCCCCUUCUAGCAACGCUAAGAGAUCUGAGGAGUUGAGCCCUGAGCAAAACAGGAUCCCAGUCCAAGAGGGUCUCCAAGUGGAUCUCUCUGCCACCCUCUCGUCUACCUCCCCUCCUACUAAGAGGCCGCAGGUAAAUGAAAUGGGGCCCAAAUCCUCUUCCCUUAGAAGGGGUACAAAACCACUAAAGGUGGGUGAGGAAGCUGACAGCACGGCCAGUGUGCCCUUGGAACCUGCUGAGCACCAGUGGGUGGUGAAUGCCACAGCCGGCCAGUGGUCCCAGCAACUUCACGGCUUGCUGCUCACUGACUUGAAUCUGGCGAGCAAAAGAGAUUUCAUGAGCGGCUUCACGGUUCUCCACUGGGCAGCUAAAAGUGGAAAUUGCCAAACACUGAGCAAAGUCAUAGAAAUGGCUGAGAAAGGAGGUGUUCACAUUGAUGUAAAUGCUAAGUCCUUCGGGGGUUAUACUCCACUCCAUAUUGCUGCUAUCCACGGGCAGGAAGAAGUUAUUGCCCAGCUGGUCAAAGUUCACAGUGCCAAAGUCAAUUUAAGGGACUAUAGUGGGAAGAAACCAUUCCAGUACCUAAAAGGAGGUUCUUUUGCAGUCAGGCAUCUCUUAAAUGACCCUGGUCUUCACACCAACACUGGACAGAACCCUUCCACCAAGAAGAACAUAAAAGUGGCUGCUUCUAUCUUGAGUUCCACCAGCACCGUCCUGGGGCUUUUAUCUGACGAUAUUGCCUUCUAUGAAUUGACCAAAGGCUUGAAGAAACCUGCUCCUGUCAAUAAAUUUCUUAACAUAGCCACAGCCCCUAGGAGGAAGUUGAAGUCCCGAAGGGCUUUUUCUUCUUCUUUUUCUUCCUUGUCUCAGGCCCUGGAGGAGGAACAGAAUGAAACUGCAUCAAAACACAGGCCACUUUCAGAUUUAUUCUUUGGUCACUUACCUCACUGACAUCAAGUAAUAUCAACAUUUAAUUAAGACUUGGGUAGAUCUCGCAUUUGCAGGAAAACAUUUUGCUUUGUAGUUUUGAAUGCAUUUCAAUUUAAGCCUAAUCUAAGGAGGAAAAAGAAUUAUAGGAUGAUGAUUUAACUUGAUAGUUGCUGCUUUCCAGCAUUUGAUAAGACAUAUUUUUUUCAACCAAAUCUUCAUUUAUUAAAUGUGAAUUGAUGAAGUUUCAUCUGAAUUUUAUCUAUUAGGUGGGAGUUGUUGUUUUUCCAAUGAAAGGUAAGAUUUAGGUGCAAAUUUCUAUGAAAAGUUUAGUAAGGCAACAGUCCUGCAAUACUUGAGAAAAAAAUCCUACUGAAAUCAGUGGACAAACUUCUAAGUAAGCACUGAUAGAAUUAAGAAUUGACAUUAUAUAUAAGAUCAUUUUAUUUUGAAACAAAAAUAUAUUUGAUCCAUGCAUGCUGUUUUCAAAAGUCUCUUAAAUGUCCUAUUGUGGGAACAAAAAUAUUUUUUAUCAUUUCUUGGCAUCCUAUCAUAUUCCAUUAAAGUAGAUGUAACAAAUUCAUUUGUAGUAGCUGCCCUCUCCUAAUGAUGUGCCAUUUAUUAGGUUUGGAAAAUGUUUUUUGUACAAUAAUUGAACAAGGCCCCAUUUUAUAUCUAUCUAUUUUUCAGCUGAUCUGAUUUAUGCAGUUGAAAAGAAAGCAACUGUAGUAAAACUAUAUUUUUGUUUACAAUCUCAAACUUCAGACUGAUACUUUUCCACUAACUUUUUAAAAAUAAAUUGGAAAAAGGAACACACAUGGCUUUUGGUAGCCAGCUGAAGGUUAAUUUAUUUUAUAAAAAAUUAAAAGCUUCUAUUGAAUAUGUUUAUGCGUUUACUAUGUGUAGAAUAUGUAAUGAAUUAUAAAUUUGGCUCAUGCCAACUUUAAAACAAAAAAGAAGCUUAAUACUUCUACCUCACUGCAAUAGUUACAUAACUAGUUAAGACUUUUUAUUUAGAAAAAGCAUUACUAUCCUAAUUGCACAAUUAUUACCUUUAGUUGAUAAUACAUUGACAGUUAUAGUAUUCUGUCCUGAAACAUAUGAAAAUAUAGUAAGAAAAAUUCUAUUUAGGAAAUUUAUUUUUACACAAGAAAGAAUCAAAAUGUAACAACUUAAGGAGUUAUUUUUAUAUUAUUAAUCGUAUAAACAUUCAAAGUAAAUCUGUUUACAGGUUCAGCCUUAAAAUUCAUUCAGUAUAGGAUCUUAAAUUUAUUGUCAAAUUCUCAACAUCAAGUCCUUCUAGAUUUGAAAAUGCUUUGAAAACCUUGUAUAAACGAGAUGGCUACGAUCCCACUUUACAAAUUGAUGCAUAGUCAUUUUGUGUAUAUUGAUUUAAUACAGUUAAUUACUCCGUGGAAUUAUAUAAGGACUCUGAAACUAAUAUGAGUUUACAGGAAAGAACAUCCCAAGUAAAUUUUGUGCCUUUCUAAUGCUGCUUGUACAAUGUACAAGUGCUGUUAUCACGAUGGAAUUUAUUUUUAUGUUUCUAAGCCAAAGCCAAUUUAAAUCUGAAAAAUUUGCAUUAACUGAGAACAUGAAGUAACAAACAUGACAGUACAGUCUAGAGCUAAGAAAACUACUCACUGUAGUAACUGCAGUUAAUAAUUCAGCUACAAACAGAAAUAUAAUUAUUCCUGUUGGUACUAUCAUCUUUGGUAAGCAAAGACUUCCUUAACUAAAUAUCUGAUUUGACUUUCAAAAUGCAUUCACAGAUAUAUGACACAUAUUUCAUGGAAGACAUUUAAAUACUUUAGAAAAUGAAUAUAUAUAAACUAAAGCAUAAUUCCAUAGGGGCAUGCUUAAAAGCCAAAUGAUUAUUUAACUCCACACUUCUAAUGCUGAAUGGCAAAAUAUAAACUAAUAUAUAUAUUUGUAAACAUGUAAAUCUGACAAAUUUAGCAAAUGCACCUUGAGUGGAAUACAAGCAUGCCUGAAAAAUCCAUGUAGUUUGGUUGGGAAUAUAGCAAGGUCAACAGCUUUAAAGAAACAUCUCUUUCUCUGAUGUAGUUUUCUUUAAAGCUGUCUUGAGUGCCAUUGUUCUGCUAUAACAAAAUGGACAAACAGCAUGUUUACAAUAGUUUGGUUGUUUAAUCUGCAUUAGUAGUUUCAAUUUUCAACUG